AGAUUGAUUUGUUUUCCAGAUUUAAUGACGUACUGUCGGUAGUUAUCAAUAGAAUUUUUUAUCUUGUUGUUGAUAAGAAGGCCAUUUUUCUCGUUCUUUGAUAUCAUAUAUUAUAAUCCGGUGACUUUUUUGAACCCCACAAUCAUCCGGGAGCAGGGCUACACUGCGAAAAUGAUCGCUUUGCGGGUGAGACCUUCGAAGCUUCUGACCGCUACCGGGGCACUGCUGGGAAAAGCAAUUUUCGGAAGCAGUAUUUGGGCAGUUUCCUCCUCUCUAGGAAGGUCGGUUGUGGGGGCAAAGUCUCCCUCCAAGAGGGGACGGCCAGCACGCACUUUGUUAGCAGGAGGACGGGCGGCGCCGCAACAGCAACUUGCGGGUGCGGAGGUGGCGGACGUUGUACCAGAAAAGCAAGCGACCUCGACGAAGAUUGAGCGUGCCACCGAGAGAGACGAUGGUGAGUAUCUCCAGAGCCGCACUGCAGUUGCAAGCAGUGGCCGAUCGUCUAGGAAUGACACAGGCACUACGACCGCCUGGUGCGACACUUGUCCCACCGGAACCAGUGCCCGUACUUUUGAGAUGUCAUCUCCCGCUGACGAGGGCCGGAACUGUGGCGCGACUACCCUAAGAUCGCAACAUACGCCCGACGACACAACGGCCCACACGCAGACGAGUUCAAGCCAAAUUGUUCAAGAAAGCGAAGUGCGGCAGGCAGGAUCAUCUUCUGGUCCUGCAACAGUGGCGAACUACUCUGGACAAGAUGGCGCGCGCCGAAUAAUUUCCUUUCGACGAAUCGAUCACGACGGGAGCACUUCUUUCUAUGUCAGUGACAAUAAUGAAUCAGUGCAAAGUGACUGCUAUCUGCAGCCUGGGGAAGAGCAGAUUGAUUCCUUCCUGCCAGGCGGCAAAUAUUUCGAAUAUUUCACGGACAAAAACCGCGUAAACCGACUGCCCGGAUGGACCCCCGUGCGCUGGCUGGACGCCUGGAAGCAAGAGGCUAGUUUUGUUCCGAUCGUGUUGUACUACGAUUUUACCAUAACCGAAACUCCUUCGUGUUCUCGCGCUCCCCGAACGCAAGAAGAACAAGCACUGCAGGCUGAUGUGUCUGCAACCGGAGCUGCAAACACCAGUGCUCCAGUAGUCGGGGGACCGAACAACACUUUAGGUGGCGACGGCGAGCGGUUCGUCCUUGUUUGCCCGGAUGGCGGGCCCCAAGUGGACGAAGAAGUGUUUACUUCUUGCGCCGGCGGGGAGUUUGUUGACUUGACCGCAAAGUAUCAUGGUGCGGCGAACAUUACUAAUGACCCGGGGAAAAUCGGAAGUAAGAAAAAACUCUCGCCCACCUGCAGCUCGACGUCUUCGUACGCGCUCUCAUCGACGGACACGGAGGGGCAACUCAAGAUGGAGGAUGUGACGGCACAGCUGGAGGCCCUGGACAUUACAGGAGAAACACAUCAAAGACUGUCGCGGGUAGUUCAGCCUCUGACCGCACAGGAAAAAGCGAUUGCAUUCUUGAAGGAAAAGACACUGGAAACCGGAUACCGGUACCAAUCCAGCGAAGACUUGGUACUGGAAACCAUGAAACGGAUAUUCAUUGCAAACGCGUCUGGGUCUGGAGGAAAGUGAGUAGCGCCCUCCUGUAACACACAAUAGCUGUCGCAUCACAACCAAGAAGGUCUUGCAUGCAUGUCAAAAAAAUGAAAAUUUAAAUUAUACUUUCGAAGGAAAGAUGCUAACGUCACAAAGCAGAUCCCAUACCAGCAAAACAGCUUUCAGACCCAGUCCCAGACCUAUGUUUGCACUGCAUAAUAUCGUGGCUGCGACAUUUUGAUGGCGGAGCACAUGCUGUUUCACGAAUUUCCCUUCCACGAUGUAGUCCAGAGCUACCGACUCAUGAAGAAACUCGUCAGCGUAGCGCCGCGCCUGCUGCAAUACGCAACGGCGGACGUCACCGCGGCGCAUCCCGACCUGGUAACGCUCGCGGAAGGACGACUGCGGACACCGACAACCGGGACCGGUAGAAGAGUGAGAAAUAUUUUGCGCCCCGCAGGACGGCAGAUGCUGAUGCAAGCGCCGGCAGGGACACCGAGUGGGCUGAAAUCGGUCCACAGGAGCAUAGAGCCGGUUGCGCCGUGUGUUGCAAACGCGCUAGCCGACGAACGCGCCAGAGUUAUUCCAGCGAGAGAGCACGUAGAGGCCGAGGCUGGUACUAAAUUUUAUGACUUCACCGUCAGUUUUUUGGAAUGAGCUAGCGGGAACGAAUUGGAGUUACUGUUACAUAGUUAGUUGUUGUAGCUCGAAAACACAUCAUUCCACGACAAAAAUCACAGUGGCAACACUACUUCAUCCGGAUGAACGGGUUGACUGGGAUAAUUUCCCCAGUCACGGAGACGACACGCCCCCGCACGGAAAUGCAGCGCCGUUCCUGAAUUUCCCAUUGAGUCAACUUUCAUCACAAAGAGUUAGAUUCGCGGCGAGCGGAACUGGGUGUGGUGGUCUUGAGGAAAGCUAAAUGAGACGCGAACAAGGCGUGCCCGGCUAGUCACGCGCCGACGUCGGAUUGGAUCCGUCGUCGACAUGGUUUCAUUUUGCUGCGCUGUUUCUGGGUCACUUCACUGCUGUCGACCGACCGGUCAUAACUUUUUCGUCAUUGUAAAGAAACGAUUGAAAAAAUUCUAAUUCAUAUCUUUGAUUAUUCAGGCCCACUUAGGACAAACCUUUUUUUAGAUACAGACUCUUUCUUCGCGACCAAUUCCAGGCGCUGGCUGCAAAAUUAGAGAAAUUGAUGUUUUCCAAAAGAAUAGAUCUAUGAGAUGUUUUGAUUUGGUUGAUAGUUCAAGUUACUUUUUGUGCUGUUUUAGUUUUUCAGUUUCUCUUUCUGCUCUUGCAACAAAGAUACAGCUAUUCAUCUAGAAAGAUACAGAGGCGAAGUGAUCCGACUAAGUGCCAUCUUCAAUGGCCUUCCUUGUGCCGAUGUCCACUUAAAAGUGGACCGCUCGAUGCACCCGGAAGUUUGGUAACACAGCUGGUAAGGAAUCGCAGCUGCAUUGUGCAAGCAGAAAAAAGCAGUUCCACCUGAGGUGGGCGACUGUCAGCUUCUAUCUAGGUAAACCGCCAGAACAUGGUCCUCCGUUUUAGUUCCAUUUCCAAAAAUUGCAACUUCACCGACUACUUAAUUUGAUACUCCGGCGUCCACAUUAAACCUUUCACUGUGUGUAGUACUACAAUUCCGCUACAUCAAACUUUUAUACGCUAAUUUCAGCCUUCUAUACGACAACGACUCAGCGAGUGUCGUAGUACUUGUGUUGCCGGAGAUAAAGAGGAUCGGAACCGAAAAAACACCUUUUGAAAUAAUGCAUCUUGGCAGCCCAACAGCAUGUUGCGCGUAGGAC